GCAAUGUCUGUUGACAGGAGCCGCCUCGGCCGCGGGACUGGGUGUAAGGGCUGGCGCCGAGGGGAGGGGGCGCCGGGCUCGAGGGGCGGGCGGAGGCGGCCGGGGAGUGCGUGUGGGGGCGCGGCACCCCCUGCCCUCCCCUCGCCGCCCUGAGAGAAAUGUGAAUCCAAAUGGAGCACUCGGAAGGAGGCGAGCAGAGCCAGCAGCAGCAGCCCUGGGGGAAGCUGAUCCGGCUGGGUGCUGAUGAGGCAGAGCCACACGUCUUGCUGCUGAAAAGAGAAUGGACAAUUGGUCGGAAGAAAGGUUGUGACUUAUCUUUUCCUGGCAACAAGUUGGUGUCUGGAGAUCACUGUAAAAUUGUAGUGGAUGAAGAAUCUGGUCAAGUGUCAUUGGAAGAUACAAGUACUAAUGGAACAGUCAUUAAUAAGCUGAAAGUGGUUAAGAAGCAGACAUACCCUUUACAGACUGGAGAUGUGAUCUAUGUUGUUUACAGAAAAAAUGAGCCAGAGAACAAUGUUGCUUAUCUGUAUGAAUCCUUAAACACAAAACAUGAGGCGACUCAAGAACCAGUAGAAGUUAAUAUAGAAAACCAAUGCCAUGUGACCAAAGAUACCUCAAAUACAGGAAGAAGUAAUGAUGAGACCCAAAUUACCUCAUCACCAUCAGCUACUCAGUCUUGCUAUGAGGAACCACAGCCAUCUACUUCUACAUCUAACCUCUUUAAUGCUUCUUCUACCUCUCUUAAUGAGUUUGCAUCUGUUCAACAGGAUAAUCCUUCUACAUCUGGAUCACAGUCCUCAGUUUUCACUUCUGUGCCUGCUUUCCCCAUGGUAGAAUCAGUGUGUCUAAGAGCACUGCAUGACGAAGAUAAAAAGCUUGAUAUGAAUACUGAAACUUCUGCAAUCAUUUCGGAAAUCACUGACAAAGAAAAAGCAGAUUCAGAUUCUCAAAGAACAGGGGAGGAGGAAGGUUUGGAACCUGCUAAGAAGAAACUAAAAGGAGAUGAAGAUACUUGUCCAAAUCUUUCACCAGCAGCUCCAAAUGAAUGUAUAAUUAAAAUUGGCUCUGAAGAUGCAAAAACAUCAAAUGUGAAACCAGAUAAGAUGGAAGAAACGUUAACGUGCAUUAUCUGCCAAGAACUUCUGCAUGACUGUGUGAGCUUGCAGCCUUGUAUGCAUACUUUUUGUGCUGCCUGCUACUCAGGAUGGAUGGAAAGAUCAUCUCUGUGUCCAACUUGUCGUUGUCCGGUAGAACGUAUUUGUAAAAAUCACAUAUUGAACAACUUGGUUGAAGCUUAUCUGAUUCAGCAUCCAGAUAAAUGUCGUAAUGAAGAUGAUGUACGUAGCAUGGAUGCUAGAAACAAAAUUACUCAAGACAUGUUACAACCUAAGGUGCGGAGAUCUUUUUCAGAUGAGGAAGGAAGUUCUGAAGAUUUAUUGGAAUUGUCAGAUGUAGAUAGUGAAUCUUCAGAUAUCAGUCAACCAUAUAUAGUGUGCAGACAGUGCCCAGGGUAUCGAAGACACUCUGUUCCAACACUGCCUGGCGCUGGCCAAGAGACAGAAGCAGGAGGAAUGCAAGCACUGGGAGAUGCGCCAUCUACGUCUGCUAACUUCCCUGCAGCUGUCCAGGAGUACGUGUGUCCUGCUCAAGGAAGUCAUGUAAUAUGCACCUGCUGCUUUCAGCCAAUGCCUGACAGAAGAGCAGAGCGUGAACAGAAUCCUCAUGUUGCUCCUCAGCAAUGUACAGUUUGUCUUCAACCCUUCUGUCACUUAUACUGGGGCUGCACUCGGAUGGCAUGUUUUGGCUGUUUGGCACCAUUCUGUGAAAUAAAUCUUGGUGAUAAGUGUUUAGAUGGAGUCCUAAAUAAUAACCACUACGAGUCAGAUAUCCUAAAGGAUUACCUGGCAUCCAGGGGUUUGACGUGGAAAAAUAUGUUAAAUGAAAGUCUCUUAGCUCUUCAAAGAGGAGUUUUUAUGUUGUCAGAUUACAGAAUUACUGGGAACACAGUGCUUUGCUACUGUUGUGGCCUUCGCAGCUUUCGAGAACUUGCCUACCAGUACAGGCAGAAUAUUCCUGUUGCUGAAUUGCCAGUGACUGUCACAUCACGUCCUGAUUGCUAUUGGGGACGCAAUUGUCGAACUCAGGUCAAAGCACAUCAUGCCAUGAAAUUCAACCACAUUUGUGAACAAACACGAUUCAAGAAUUGAAUACUGAAUACUUGUAGUCUGUAGAGAAGGGACAAAACCCUGUUACACUGCUUGUACAGUUUAAGGUUUCAGGGGACCUUCUCAGUUCCCCCAUAGCAGGGCAACAAUAACUUUUGCAUCAGGUAAUCUGGUGUGAACUUUUUCAUUUGUAGAAUUUUACAGCUGUACAUGAAUAAGGUAGAUUUGGGGUUUUUUACAAGAAAGUCCAGCAAGCAUUGCAUUCCAUCCUCAUGGAUACAGUGUCACUGUAUCACUUCAGUGAAGAACACAAACAGAAAUCACACACACACAAAAACCAGCCAUAUCUUGGGACAGCCUAAGAAUAAGGAGUGUAUUUGCACUACUUGUGAAGAAACUAAGAAAAUUCCUUAGAGUUAAAAUAGAAAUGUUUUGUAAAAGUAUCUGAUGGAUAUUUCAAGAGCCAUUAAUAUUUAAGAAGGAAAUUGUGAGUGUAUAUUUGUAACUGCAUUUUGCGGUAGUCUGAUAUUUUGUCACUACCCAUUGCAUUUGUGCUAGAAACCACGUUAAUAUUCACUUUAAAAGAAUAUUCAUCUGUUAAACAGCUGUUUCAGCUUGAAGCCUCUACCAUAUGUGCAGUGUUACAGUGGAAGUAGUACAGGGUUUUUUUUUCUUAGUUUAGUCAUACUGAUGUUUUUAUUCAUAUUAAAUUACAAAAAAUUGCACAAAAAUUUGAAAAUCACAUUUAAAGUUGGGGUAAUACUUGAAGCAGAGCAGACUUCUGCUAAUAUUCCUUCUGUAAUGUUUUGUAUCAGAAGACCAAACAGUGCUUUUGACAUAGAUCAGCCAGUAGGACACACUGGUUCUUUUUAUUUCUUUUAUGUUUGAUACCAUAUGCUAAAUAUGUACCUCUGCCAUGCAGCUGUUCUCUAGCAUGCAUACACUGGUGAAAAUGUAGAGAAAGUUAUAGUUUAAAACAGAAUAUAGCAGCUUUACUGGAAGGAACAAUCUUACAAAAAAGAAUUCAGCUUGGACAAAUUGUAGCAAUAUGGUGGCAUUUCUGGAUGGGGAUGGUGAAGGGGAACACUGGUGUCACUGACAGUAAAAAAAAAAAAAAAAGUAGAUUUUAUUGCCAUGCCUCUACAGAGCUCAUUCAGGAGAUGUCCCAAGCAUCAUUUAAAUUAAAAAUCCCAACCCACCCCACCCCAAAUUGAUCUGUUUCAUCAUAACCUGUUAGUAAUGGUGACAAACGCAACUGGGACCAACAUUUUUUAUCAUAUAUAGAAGCGUGAACAGAACGAGAAGAAAGCAUACAAAGUUACCUCUGUAGAUACCAUGUUGUUUUUAAGUAUGCCUUAUUUUAUGAGCAGGAUUUAUACUUUAAUGUUAAAAAGUGUACACACAAAAUCUUCUGAUAGAAUGGAGCACAAAUGAUGCAGCACCUCGUGUCUACUGGUUGCAGUGGAUUAAACAAGUAUUUCCAGUAAUGCACAUCUUUAUAUGAAUGAUAAUUAGAAUGAUGUAUUUCUGUUUAGAUUUUUAUUUUUCAAAAUAGCUGUCGCAAGGAUGGGUCUGUUGACCAUGCCUGUAUGCUAUUAAAAAUACACUUUGGUGUGGACUUCUCUUCCUAAUCUCUGGGCAUUUUCUCCUGUGAGUAGGAUUGAAAUUGGAUCUGGAAUAAUACUUGAAACUUCUUUUAACAACAGCAGUGUGUUUCUGUCUUUUAGUAUUAUUAACAAUGUUCUGUGGCUUCUGUAUUUGUAUUUUAUGUUUAGAUUAUUUUUUUUUUAAUGCUUACUGUAUCUUCUCAGGACAACCAUUCUCGGCUGGUUUUGAUCUCUUUUUCAUCUCUGGCUGUGCAUGUAGCAAAAUGAGUGCAGUUGUGGAGAUCAUGCCUUUGCACAUUAUAUGCAGAAAUGUGCUUCAUGUUUUCAUUCACCACUUUCCACACCCCAGAUGGGCUUUCAGCACAGACUUGCCACUGUGCUAGUGUUCAAGCCUCUUGUGCUGAAGUUCUUCUGUUGGUCAAGAAUAACAUGUCUACAGUACUAUGUACAACCUCUCUUGCACUUACUCAAGUUGUGUUUGUAUAGGGAUGUAUUGUGUGACUUGGAGAAAAAAAAAUUGGGGAAAAACCCCAAGCAAACAACAAAACUCAUGUGCUUAACAGCUAAACUACCUGUGCAGUAGAGGUUCUUCAAUUCCUUUUUUAAACCCCUCUUCCUUUUCCCUGUUACAGAUAAUUAAUCUGCCUUUCUAUGCAUAUAGGGUUGCGGUAGUGCAAUGGAAUGAAGGGAUCUUUUUGUCAUUUAUAUUGUACCAGGAGGAGAUGAGAAAUUAACUUGCAGAGGUGAAUAAAUCCUGAUCUUUAUAUGCUCUUAAGUAAGUAAGAGUAUCUGUCAUGGGUAUUACAUACUCUAUACAUUAGACCUUUUUAAAUGUAUGGUUACCAGGUGAUAGUUAAUGUGCUAAAUGUAUGAACUAUGCUUGGCGUAAUUGUUUAAAUACUGUAAAGGUGCAGCAUAUUUUUAACCUGUCUAAAGCACAUCCCCACCUCCUUUAUAAGAGAUAUUUGGAAGCUGAGCAUGAAAUGUGGUAGAAUAGAUGUUACGGAAACCAAGGUGAUUAUGGUAGGGGUUGACGUAGUGGUAAUCAAGGUGUAUAGUCUCUGUCUUUGAGGAAGUUCUUUUAUAAAGAAGGUGGAGAGUAGUUCUUCCAGUUCUCUUUUGUGAUUUUUUUUUUUUUUUUCCUGAACCAAGAAGUUAUUAAUUAAAAAAAAAAGAUACUGAAGUUGUCUGUUUCUGUUUCUUCUGUGGCAUAUUCUCAUCCCACAGAAUGGAGGUAUGCAACUCUUGCUGAUUGCUUUGUCAAGAUAUUAGGUACUUGAAUGCUGAGAUUUUACAACUAAAUAUCCUUGCACUUGUACUGACUGAAAAUGACAUGAGUUCUUGUGUCAUUCCAAGAAAUUCUCUCAAACUUUCUUAAAAGUGUCAGAGGAUAUCACAGAGGAUCAUCAGUAUCUCUACAGUUUUUAUAAUGGAUAAGUGUAAAACUAUUAAAUAGAUUUCGGUUUUGUCAAUGAGAUGGCUUCAAGAUGCUAGUAUAUGAAAAAGUUUCCUACUUUUGAAAAGUGGAUACUAUUUUAGUUUCUCGCAAUACCAUAAACACUGAAGUGACAAGCAUUAUACCACUACUGAUUUAACAGCGGGCUACAGAAAAUGAUUGUCGUAUUGAGCUCAUCUUUAGAAUGAUCUAAAUUGCAUAAAUGCUAAGAUUUCAAAUGGCUUCUGUUAAGAGAACUUUUUCUGAAUAGAACUUUUCCCUUGCAGAGUAAAUAGGACUUGUCUGCACCCUGUUCUGAGAUGAAAGACAGUGAUGCCAGAGUCAUUAAGCUUCAAAUUGCAGUUUAGUAUCCCAGGAUUUCUGUGCUGCCACCAUUCCCAUACUUGAAGCUGGAUAUCCUUUAAUGCGAAAAGGUUUUCUGCAGUCUGAAGUACUUCUUCAGAGGAUACUUUCUUGUAUAAACCACAUCAAAAUUCCAUGCAGAAGAAUAGAGAUGAGGCUCCAGAUGUGUCUGUCUGGGGAAACAAAACUUCAAGGAGGAUGGGGCCUGCAUAAAGAAGUCCAGAAGCAAGCAACAAGAGAAUCACAAGUCGCAAAAAUGCAUGACUCAGGAGGGAAGACUGAAGUAAGUGGUGCUUUCUAUCAAUGUUAGGGAGGAAUUAAGAAAAUAAAAAGAAUUAAAAACAAAGAGAAAGGGAAUAAUCUCUUCUUGGUGUCUGUGGUGAAUAGAACAAGAAGCAUGAGACUCAGAUUAGAGUGGGAGAUUUUCAUUUCAUAUAAGUAAUGCUUUUCAAGUGGAAAACAUGCUUUAACAGUAAAACAAGAUACAGACAGGUGUAAAAUUGGCAUCAUUGGAAGAUGAAACUACAUUAAACCAUUGUCACCAAUUCUGUGUAGAAGCAAAGUUGAUGUGACAUGGGAAUGAACUAUAUAUUACUUCUAAAGAUCUCUUCCAUGCUUUCUAUGUUCUGAUGUUGCAUUUAAAAGCCCAACUUUUAUCCUUAAUAUUGAUGUGGGUUUAGAGCCAAAAGAGUUAAACAAUCCCUGAUUGUGCUAUGAAUCUCCUUUCAUUCUUACUAAUACUUCACCUGCUAUUUAUAUAAGCCUCCUGUUCCACAACUCUGUAUGUAUUUUUAAUUUUCAGCUGUGCAAAUACGGUUGUCAUGAGAGGAAUGCAAAAUGUGCAUUCCCAAAGUUUACAUAGUCCUUAAAGAGGGUCUGAAAUAAAUCCAGCAGUGUCCUGGAUUUGAAAGUCCUGAGAAACUAGAAACUUGUCAUUUGUUAUUUCUGAGAAACUGAAUCUCUCAAGUUUCUGCAAAUCAAAGAAACUAUUUAGUUUAAAUGUCAUGUUGGAUAUGGAUGGGCAGAGAGGCAAGAAAUUAGCUAGUACAGUAGAAAAAAAUCUCAGUAGGAAGCCAUGAGAGGCUUCAGGCUCUGGAUAAAGUUGUUCAGUAUUAAGCUCUUAGUCUCAGACUUGAUUAAAGUAACAAUCUCUAUUUAUAAGCCAGCUGUCUUCUCAUCAGAAGCCUCUUCAGGCUAUCUUAGGAUUUAUUAUUUUAGUAGUAUUAUAAGUACUUCCAAAUGGUGUAAAAGCUAGCCACUGGUUUUGAGACAAAUAUACUGGAAGGUGAAUAGAUAUACAAAGGUGAAUAAUAUAUUUUCUAGAUUUUGGAAAAUGUUUUAGCAAAAAAGUAUUUCUUAUACCCCCAUGAUAAUACUCUUUACUGAAACCUUUGCAUCUGAAACUUGUUUCAAUAGAAGUCAGAGGUUAUAGUUAGAAGUUAGCCAAACGCUGAAUUAUGACUUAAACCAAAUGGGACUUAAAAAGCCAGGACUGUCCUGGAGAACACCUCAGAAGCCAUCUGAAAGCCAUCUUACACUCCCUUUCCUCAUGCUAGACCAUAAACAGAGACAUGUGUUUGCUGUUCCACCUCUUGCCUCCUAACAGGGGAUUGGUUUCUUCAGAUGGGUUUUAAAAGCUAAAAAACAAAUGACAGUUUAUCAUCUGCUCCUGCCCAGCAGAGCUGAGGCUUACACUUCCUGGGGAACACAAGACCAAGUGGCCAGUCACCAUUUCUCAGAAAAAAGUUCUGGAUUAUUUUUUAUUGAAAGCUCCUUGUAGUUUGCUUUGCCUAGUCAAGCAUUUGUGUGAGGUGAGUCUGAUGGUGUUAUUUACUGUACCCUAAAGGCUCGGGAUUUCACACAUAUUUUUACGUGAGGAUAACUCCUUAGUUCCUGCUAGGGAAGUGGCUACAUACCACUGAAUAACUCAUCCUACUUGCCUAGUGCUGGUUUACAAAAGCUGUGCACCAUACUCUCUAUGUGGGGCUCAGAGGCUGGCCAGCUGCACUGUACACCCUAAAAAUACACAUUUAGAAACUAAACUGUAAACAUUUAUUUCUAACAUCCGGUAACCCAGAUUAUCAAGUGUCCUAAAGAGAUCCUGUUUGAGUGCAGGUCUGUAAUUAUCCUGCUGUGCUCAAUUUCCACCCCCCUUGAUGAGGAUAGUCUUCAGCUGUGGGGAAAGACCAAUGCCUUUAAAGAGGCCAUUAUAGCUUUCCUGGAUAGUUUUUCUGUUCCUUAAGGGAAUUGACUGAGAGCAUUAACUCACCUGAGGGCGGCAUGGACGUCACUGAGGAGAUGCCUCCUGAGUUAAUUAUGUGCAAACAAAAGCUGCAGUGUGGCAGAGACUUGGAGUUUCCCCAGAGAGCUUUGCCCUGGCUGAAUGCAAUGAGCCUGAGCAGACACUGCUGACGACUUGGUGCAUUGGAUUGGCGACACUGAGAAGGCACUUGGAGGUGUUCACAGCUCCACCUCUACUACCAGAAGACUUUGUUAACACCCAAAAGCAGCAUCCAUCAGCUCAGUGGAUCAUGUGGGAUUAAUCACCAAAGUGCUGAAUGGACUAAUCCUUGCAGGGGAGAAAAAACCCAAGUGCUAACUCUUGUGACUGGACAUGCAACAGACAGAGACUCUCCCAACACAGAGGCAAGUUGCCAGAUCAGAUAUGAUCCUACAUCUAUACAAAGCUGCUAUCCCUAUUCUAGAGUUUGAAGUUUUGUUGUUUGGUGGUUUUGUUUUCUUCAGCAAAUACCCUCAUUCAAACAUACAAAAAAAUGUAAAGCUUUAGAAAGAGAAACAAAGCCAUCAUUUAGAGUGUCUCCUCAGGCAAAUAAUCGUGAAUAUGAUGGGACCAUACUAAAUAAAAGUAAGGCAGUGUAAUGAAGAGUUCAAGAUGCCAUGGCCAUUUGCUUCAGGGUUUUAAUAGGUCAACAUAGGUCUUUUUUUUUUUUCCUACUAGAGCAAGUUCUCAUUAACGAAGUGUACACAACACAGCAUAGAAGAAAUUAACAGUAAACGAUAGGGUUGGUGAGAACUAACAGGGGUGAUGAGGAAGUUUCCGGAAGAUCAAUCUGGUUUUCAUUUUCUAUAAAUCGAACAGGCUAAAGCAGCUCAAAUUAAAGAGUAGAAAACAUGGUCAGACUCUUUGAACUUCUUGGUAACCAGAUGAAAUAAUAUAACAAAACAAAGCACUGCAGUAAAAGUUUGCUUGUAGAGUUCAGUAUAAAAGUCCAUUGAGCAAGUCAUGUCUGUUCACAGGAAUCUGUAAAACUAGUGUUCCCAAAUUAAGUUUAUAUAUAUAUAACCUCCCAGAGAAGUGGGAGAAAUUUAAAUAAUGAAAUCCAUAUGCAGCUUAGGUGCCCGAAACCACUUUGUUUUGUUUAGAAAGUACCAGAAACAGAAGAAAAGGGAACUGAAAGGCGAUCCCAUGCAAAGUCUGCUGGCUACUUCCCAGGAAAUAAAUUUGGAUCUUUAAAAACAAACAAAAACCACAUAUAUGUGUAAACUGGCCUUGCAAAUAAAAGAGAGCUGUUUGUGCUCCAGCUGCAUGACCCUAUUGUUUCAUCCAGACACUUCAGAUAUUUCACAUGUUGGAAGUCUAUUGUAGAAACAUAUGGAGAAGGAAGCACUCCACACGUGAAAGCCAAAACCUGCAAAUAUUCCUUAUUGCCACUAGCAUACUGUGGAGUUGUUGCUGCAACUCUUUAGGAACUGGGUUGUUGUUUCACUAAAUGUUACUAGCAGGUGAGAGGGCUUAUGCAGAAGACAUGGAUAGUGAUCCUUAAAUGGCAAGCAAAGAAAAACCCUCUCCCUUUCAUGCAAUAUUUUUAACUUAGCUCCUAAAUAAGCCAUUGCUAUGGCUGAGGCUGGGCAUACAGAGGUCUGUUAAGGCCUGGAUGCACAUCCUUAGUUUUGGAUGGUAUACAAACAGCAGCACUUUUCCCCACCUCGUUCCAGGAUCCUCUCCUCUUGUGCACUCUGCAAAGGGAAAUUUCCAAGACUCCACCUUUGCCAGGAUUUCAGAGAGCAGAAUGCUUGUAAAUCUUACUUUACUGCCUACACAUAAGGAGAGACCAUGAGGGCACAGCAGGGAGGGUGUGGGAGAAAGCAGAAAAAAGUAUUACAGAUACUGCAGCCAGAGGUAAAACUAAGCACUGGGUUUGUUGUUAUAGGGCCCUAACCAGUGAGCAGUUUAUUUUUCCAAAUAAAUGUGCUUUGCAGACAUCCUUUCUUCUUCCCCAUUCAAGUUUCAACCAGGAAACCUGUAAUAAGUUACUGUUGAUUUUAGAGGCAAAUCAAAGUGUUCAGCCUGCUAAGCUUGCAUUUAAAGUUAGUCUUGAUGAACAAUUCCUUGGGGCCCUUGUAUUCAAAUAGUGAGGUCUUGGAUUCACCUGAACUGCCCACCCAUGCAGAUCUAUAACACAGAUAGAAGGACAAAGGGAUGGGCAGCCUGGGCGUCAAACCCCCAUUCUAACAGUAAAGGCUCCAAAUUUUAAGUCAAAUCCAGAAAAAAAAAAUCCUUUAAUAAAAACUUAGAGAAAAUUAAUUCAAAACAGUGAAAUAUUUACUAAGCAAGACCAGGGGAGGGCUAGAGUUAAGUAGAACAAGUGGAUUCAAUCCCCUGUUGCUAAUCCCAAAUGAAGUACAGUACAGAGCAGGCACACCCUCCUUGGAAAGGCUGAGCUAUCUGGGAUCUGGAUCAGGUUGGACUUUGAAAGGCAUUUCAUCCCAGAUCUCCUGCAUUCAGGAAGCUGUCCUUAUUGGCAUUCUUGGCACCUGAGUCCUACUAUGGUCCUGCUACUCCUCAACACAAUAAUGAAACACUGUGGAAACAGAUCAGUAAAAGAUCAGUGAAAUUCCAAAACUCCCUUCUUCAGAGCUGACAGUAGGUCUGAAUGGAGGUUUGUACCAGCCCAUUUUGUUUAGCUGGUUUGAUGUUGCAACCUGGCUGCUAAUAUAAAGAAAUGAGAAGAAUGAAAUACUAGAUGAAAAUGAGAUAGCACAGCAGGUUAUGGCUUGCAUUUGGCAAAUUUGCUUUUGUUUUGCCACUUUGAACACCACCCACCCCUGCUUUAUAUUGAAGCAUAAUGGUACUGCCUGUACUCCCCCAGGACUAAGGAUUUCACAUAAUUUCAUAGUUUCUUUAAUUAGAUAUUUGUGAAACUCUGAAAUCCUCUGAUGAAAGGUGCUGUAAAAGUAUUACCAACUCUUCUACCAUGAAAGGACUCCACCCAAACCCAAAUACAGAUGUUGUACUCAAUGUACGUCAUUACUAAACCAAGCCAGCAGUACUUAUGGCCUGAUUUAUAUUCUCCUGAAGUCCCAGAUGACUUCUGUGCACUCCAGUAAGGCCUCAAGAAUUCUAGAAAGAAAAUAUAGGCAAAUUAGCCUUUUUUCCUCUCUAAAAAGGAACCUCCUUUUCAUUGCCAAUUUCAUGAGUGAGGAUAUUCAAAAUGAACCAUAAGGCCAUUUGCUCCUGAGAACCUGUAAGAGGAAUUAGAAGGUUCUUGCCAUUGAGUCUGAGAACUAAGGCUGCCAUUAAGGCUUUUCCCUACUUCUGUAUAAUUGUUCCACAUAUUAUUGCAAGACCCCAUAGUGCCCUGUCCCUGUUCUGCCUUCCUCUUGCUGGCAAUUUGUACAAGUAGAAGAGGAUUAUUUUCCUACUUAGUACUUUCCACACUCAAGGAAUUAUCUAAACACCAAGUUUAAUAUUUAUCAUUUAUUGUUAUUUAUAGACCUGAGAUAUCUGGUCUGAAUAGACUGACCUUGUCAUAAUAAUAGUGUGUAAUGGAAUGGGUUGCUAUACCAUAUCUGAUCUAGCUACACUACUGCUGGGUAGUCAUUCUCUGGUACCAAACACAUCACAAGUUCUCUAUUUU